CCUAUCCGGUAACGUCACUGCUUACAGCGCGGGAGAUGAAUUCAACAAAAGUUGGACUUUCAGAAUUGCCGCCAACCCUUCUUUGACUGCUGAUACGGUGACGUGACGUGACGUGACUUGACAUGCCUUGCGAACGAAAGCCUAUGCGUUAUGGCCAUUCGGAAGGCCACACCGAUGUCUGCUUCGACCAACAAGGGAAGUGCAUCCUCACCUGCGGAAGUGAUGGCGAUGUCCGUAUCUGGGAGAGCCUGGAUGAUGACCCAAAAUCAAUAAAUGUUGGGGAGAAGGCCUACUCCUUGACACUCAAAAACGGGAAGUUGGUCACCGCGGCGUCCAACAACACAGUGCAGAUCCACACGUUCCCUGACGGGGAUCCGGAUGGCAUUCUCACCCGUUUCACCACCAACGCCAAUCAUGUGACUUUCAACCAGAGUGGCACCCGUGUGGCAGCAGGCUCCAGUGAUUUCCUGGUGAAGGUGGUGGAGGUAGCAGACAGCAGUCAACAGAAGACCCUUAGAGGGCAUGAGGCCCCUGUCCUCAGUGUGAACUUUGACCCCAAAGAGGAAUUCCUGGCUUCAUCUAGCUGUGAUGGCUCUGUGGUCGUGUGGAACAUUGAAGAGCAGGCCCAGGUGACCAGCUGGAACAUCCUGCAGAAGUCUAGUGACGUCACAAAUGCCAAGUCUCUGUGUCGACUAGCCUGGCAGCCUCCGUCUGGCAAGCUCCUGGCGGUUCCCGUGGAAACCAGCGUCCAUCUUUACGAGAGGAACACCUGGAGCCACGUUAGCUCCCUCUCCGAUGACUUCAUCACACAGGCCAUAAACGUGGUGGUCUGGUCCCCCUGCGGUCGCUUCUUAGCGGCGGGUACUAUUGGAGGGUACCUGACCGUGUGGGACGUGGAGACUAAGCUGUGUUUGGAGAGGCAGAAACACGAGAAGGGCUACACGGUGUGCGGCAUGGCCUGGCACCCCUCUGGGGGGCAGAUCGUUUACACCGACACAGAGGGCUGUCUGGGCCUGCUGGACGGGCUCUCCACCGUCUCAGCCCCCUCUGCUGCUGCUGCAGCUCCCACCACCAAAAACCUCAAGACAAAGGACUACGAUGACCUUUUUGACGAGGAUGGUGACCAGUUCCUCGAUGAAGAGGCGAGUGAGUCUCGUUCGCCUGUGAAGAAGAGUGCUGUGGCCGAUGAUGACGAUGACGAUGACCUCAUGCCCGCCACGGGCCGACCUCGCCACAGGAGCUCCUUCUUGGACGACGAUGACAACUCGCAAGAUGCCGGGUCGGUGAACCUGGACAAGUUUGGUGGUGGCGAUGACGCCAGCAGUGCCAUCGUGCCCUUGGUGCCGGUCGCCGCGGCAGCAGCGCUGAGGCCGGUGUAUGACGGCCCCAUGCCCACCCCCCCCCAGAGGCCCUUCCAGCCCGGCUCCACUCCUGCCCACCUCACACACCGCUUCAUGAUGUGGAACUCUGUGGGAAUCGUGCGUGGCUACAACGACGAACAGGACAACGCCAUUGACGUGGAGUUCCACGACACCGCUGUCCACCACGCCAUGCACCUGACCAACUCGCUUGGACACACAAUGGCCGACAUGUCCCAGGAAGCCGUGCUUUUGGCCUGCGAGAGCACAGACGAGCUCGCCAGUAAGCUGCAGUGCCUGCACUUCUCCUCGUGGGACACCAGUAAGGAGUGGAUGGUGGACCUGCCCAAGGGGGAGGACGCUCGGGCGCUGUGCCUGGGUCAGGGCUGGGGGGCCGUGGCCACGAGCGCGCUGCUGGUGCGCCUCUUCUCCGUCGGGGGCGUCCAGAGGGAGGUGUUCAGCCUGCCCGGACCGGUGGUGUGCAUUUCCGGCCACGGCCAACAGCUCCUCAUCGCCUACCACCGAGGAACGGGCUUUGAUGGGGAUCAGGCUCUGGGGGUGCAGCUGCUCCAGUUGGGGAGUCGCAGUCGACAGGUGAUCCACGGGGAGCCCCUCCCCAUCUCCCGCAAGUCCUACCUGGUCUGGCUCGGCUUCAGCGCAGAGGGUACCCCUUGCUCCAUUGACUCAGAGGGGGUGGUGCGACUGCUAAAUCGGUCCCUGGGAAACACGUGGACCCCUGUGUGCAACACAAGGGAUCACUGUAAGGGCAAGUCGGACCACUACUGGGUGGUAGGCAUCCACGAGAAUCCCCAGCAGCUCAGGUGUAUCCCGUGUAAGGGCUCUCGUUUCCCCCCCACUCUGCCCCGACCUGCAGUUGCCGUCCUGCCAUUCAGUCUGCCCCUGUGCCAGACCACCACAGAGAAGGGCCAGAUGGAGGAGCAGUACUGGCGCUCGGUUCUCUUCCAGAACCAUUACGGCUUCCUGGCGCUGAGCGGCUAUGAGAUAAACGAGCACAGCCAGAGCCAGGCCCAGAAGGAGCAGCAGGAGCUGCUCAUGAAGAUGUUUGCUUUGUCGUGUAAGCUGGAGCGUGAGUUCCGGUGUGUGGAGCUGGCGGAGCUGAUGACUCAGAGCGUGGUGACGCUGGCCAUCCGCUACGCCUCGCGCUCCCGCCGCAUGGCCCUCGCCCAACGCCUCAGCGAGCUUGCCCUCGAGAAGGCCAAUCAGGAGCAGGCACAGCAGGAGGAGGAGGAGGAGGAACCAGACUACACCAGCCACAGCGCAGGGUACAGACACAGUGGAGACGAGUGGAGAGGAGCGAGACACAGCCACAGCCCAACGCCCCAGCAGAACAGGCACGAGGAAGAGGAGGAGGGUGAAGAGGAGGAAGAGGCUCAGGAGGAGCAGAUGGAAGCCGAGGAAGCAGCAGAGAGCCAGAAGCCACGUUUGAAUCCCUUCAAGAAGGGACCAGCAUCUCCUGAGAAAGCCUCUCCUAAACCUGUUUCUACAGCAAGCAAGGAGGGAAGGGUGAAUCCUUUCAAGGUGUCUUGUCCAGGGAAGCCGUCCGCUUCUCCCGCCGGGCGGGCAGCAAACGUUCUGGAUACCAUGACUAUGUCCAAUCGCAAGCCCUCAGCAUCGGGCACCACAGGGUCCAAGCAGAGUAAAUCGCCCGUGUUGAAACCCCUCGUGCCCAGACCCAAGUCGAAGACCCAGGCCACGCUGCUGCAGAUGAGCUCCAGGGCUGGAGGCAAGAAGGCGGAGGAGAAGGGCAAGGAGCCCUCUGCAGAGAGACUAAAACAGGCAGAGGACGCUACACCUCCUGCCUCUGCUGGAGACAACCAGGAGAACUGCAGGCCGAAGACAGGCUUCCAGCUGUGGCUGGAGGAGAACAGAAAGAGCAUCCUGGCCGAUGACCCCCACCUGGAGGAGACCGCCAUCAUCAAAGAGGCUAUGGGCCGCUUCAGGACCUUAUCUGCAGACGAGAGGCUGUCCUGGACGGAGAGAGUGAAAGGGGAGGCGGCGGAGGUGAAGAAGAGGAAACGAGAGGAAGAGGAUGAUGUCGGGGAGGAAGGAGAAGAACGUGCGGAACCACAACAAGUCAGCGCAAAGAAAAAGAAACCUCUGGACACGUCAGCCAAACUCUCCGCGUUCGCCUUCAACAAAGACUAAACAAACCACUGUACAUUCAUUUAAACUGAAGUGGCUUUUUGCGUUGUCAUUACCUCAUUCAGGUGUGUUAUUUCAUACCUAAUGUAGAUUGUGGGUGGUCAAACAAAACACUUUGGUGUACCAGAGGUUUUUCUAUUGUUAAGUUUGUCUCUGGAGGUGGAAUACACCAUUCGUGCUGGACUUUUACGAGUAAAAUAUUAUUCAAAACUGGCUGGCAUACGGUCAUCCAUUGAUAUUUGGUAUACGGUUUUGAUAAUGCUGUUUUUGUAUGUUUGUAAUCUGUUUUGUAACUUUUGUAAUGUCCCUUUUAACUUGUGUUGUC